CCUUUCUCUCUUUCAUUUUUUCUCUUUCUCUCAUUCUCUCUCUCUCCCUCCCUCCCUCUCUCCCUCUGUCCCCCCUCUCUCCCUCUUUCAUUCUUUCUUUCCCUCAUUCUCUCUCUCCCUCCCUCUCUCUCUCUCUCCCCCUCAUUCUCCCUCUCUUUCAUUCUUUCUCUCAUUCUCUCUCUCCCUUCCUCCCUCUCUCCCCCUCUUUCAUUCUUUCUUUCCCUCAUUCUCUCUCUCCCUCCCACUCUCUCUCCCUCUCUCUCAUUCUCCCUCUCUUUCAUUCUUUCUCUCUCUCCCUUCCUCCCUCUCUCUCCCUCACACUCCUUCCCUCCCCCUCUCUCUCUCUUUCAUUUUUUCUCUCAUUCUCUCUCCCUCCCUCCUUCCCUCUCUCUCUCUCUCUCUCUCUCUCUCUCACACACACACACACACACAGACCACUGUUCGUUCUCCCUCUUAUCUCAAGCGUGAAGCCAGGACCCUGCCCUCCUCUGGAGCAACUUCAUCCAUCCAGCCAUCCUUGGCAGAAGCGCCCGGCCUCCACCUUCCGUCCCUCCGCGUUGCCCAGCCGUCGCCUGGCAACGGAAGCCGCCGCAGCAAGCCCGCCAGCGCGUCUCGUCUCUGCCUUGUGCCUCGCCGGCUUGUGCCUGGACCCGACCCCAACUGAGUGGGACGUUUGUCUUCCUCCUGGCCGGAGACAGACGUUGGCUAGUUCGAGAAAGCCUCGGCCAUGUCCCAGAAAAACAAGCUCAACUUCGUGGCUGAAGCUCAGAUCUGGAAGAAUCACAUUGAAACAGAGCGGGAAGCUGCCCGAAAAUGGCCCAAGCGCUGGGGAUUUCUGUUGACCCCACUUGAAGAGUUGGUAAAAGAUGAAAAGAAACAACUUGCUAAGCCGAAGAUCCCGCUUCCACAACACUUACAGAUCCGACCUGUGACACCAGUGGAAAACUAUAUUAAGAUUGUUCCAUCCCCGCCGGUUCCACAAACAACCCAAGGUUUUAUCGGCUGGAGGUCUUCCGUUCCAGGCUUAGAACUUGAGCGUUAUUAUCAGAUCAGAAGCUGCAAAGGUGCCUUUUACAAGGACUUGAAAUGGCCAAAUGAACCAACCGACUGACUUCAACCCAUGUUGUGUACUUUACUGCAGUGAUGAUGGCACCCUUCAAAAUCCACAUUUGAAAAUAACUUCGUUGGACCUAGCAGCAGUCAGAAAGCAGCAGCAGCAGGCACUCUUGAGUUCUUCAGAGGAUGAGAAAAAACCCAGCAAAGAAAAAGUGUCUGAUUUUCAAGGAACCGGUUUUGACUUAAAGAUGUCUUCAUGAAACAAAGCAGGAGUACGUUACAGCCAUUCAACCAUAGCAUCUAAGAUGCUGAGAUAUCAGCCACCCGCAAGGCAUUGUCCAAAGUAUGCACAAAGGAGGCUUCCCACUUUUCGGAAAGAUAAAAUUCAGGGCUUCUGCUCAUUCCUAGAUAAAACUGUUUUCCUUAGUAAAUGAAAAAAACCUCCAUAGAUAAGAAACUAAACUCUUCUACGGAGCCAAACUGACAAUUGUAGAGCUGUAUUUCUCAACCUUGGCAACUUUUAAGAUGCGUGGACUUCAAUUCCCAGAAUUCUCCCACUGGGGAAUUCUGGGAGUUGAAGUCCAAGCAUCUUAAAGUUGUCAGGAAUGAGGAAAAACUGUUGUUAGAGUCUUUGAGACAAACUUCUCUUCUCCUUCUCAAUGGGCUACUUUGUUCUCCUCAAACGGGACAAGUGAACGUUCCCCUGUCUGAAAGGAGACCCAAAUUCUUCACCUUGUUUUAGUUUCACCCCUCCCCAACACCAACAGUCUAGACAAUUUUUUUUUAAAAAAAAAGUGACUUCCUUUUCCUCAAUCUGCAAAAUAUUCAAUAAGCAAUAAAUGUUUCGAUAAUAACUCCGACAUCUGUCAGGAACAUGUUGCAAACUACCACAAUUAGAAAGCAGUAUUUUUGGGUGGGUGGAUGUGUGGUUUCUUUUUUGUUUUUUUUGUUUUUUUAAAGGAAGAAAACAGGCUGUACAAAUCACAGAAGGCAUAUGGACGUUUUUGCAGUUGGGGCUUACAAAAUAGUACAUAUGAAUGUAGAGAUAUACCUGAGCAUUUUACAAAGCAGGAGACAAGAUCGUGGUAGCCGAAGAGCUCUUCCUUAUUUCCUGCCUUGCCCCGUAAUUACAACCAUCCAGUGGUAGCUAAAACCCAGAACACAACCGGGAUUCAUUUGUUUCGGUGCCAUUGUCAUUUCUUCAGCCAAACCUGCUUCUGUCCAAUUUUGAAGGUUUUCCUGCUCUCUCAAAAGCCCAUGUUUAUGGAUUGAUGUCCAGUCUUUGCGCGCCCUCUGGUGGACACUGAUAGAAUGACAGUCUGAUUGCUCAAGCAGGAAGAGAUACUCAAAAAAAAGGAGAUUUGUCUUCGGUAGUGAUAUAGUUUAAAAUUAGGGGUGGAAGGACCUCUGAUUUAGUGGUUAGCUGAGGCCAUAAAGAACCAGGGUGAACAAUUCAGUAAUAAUUCAAGACACAAUAUGGAUGGUUUGGAAUGUAAUAACUUUGUUGAAACAUAGCUGGCCUAGCAGAGCUGGGGGGGAAAUAUUUAAAGAUCCUUUAUCUGCCUUUUGCUCCAUAGAAGAAUGGAGAUAUAGUUAAUAAUAAAUACACCUGCUUAUUCAGUUA